GGUGUAUUUGUGAAAGACAUUCCAUCUGAUCAACUGACUGUGUCGGAUGACAAGAAACCAAAUUCUUCAUAGUUUUGAGAAAUUUAAAACAAACUAUAGAAAGUAAUUUAACUAAUUUUCCCUUCUAAUGAAAUAGUCUGAAAAUGGGCAUUAUAAGAUUUUAUCAAAAAUUGUUUAUUUCUACUUCCAAGUUUAAUGGAACAUUUUCUGUCCUUAAACAUUUUCAUUUUCAUCAUGUAAGCUGGUAUUCGUCAUCGUGUGCACUCAUUUCACAUAUUCCUAAAACAUCUUUGUUGCAAGGCAAGACCUUUCAUGACUCUUGUGUGAAAUCAGUCAUCUGUAAACCCAAGAAGAGGUUACUAUGUACUGUGAAGCCUCAGGGUGUAAGUGAAGCUGCACAUAUAGAUGUUACACUGCCAAAAGAUUCAAUCAGUAUUGGCAACACUUUGAAAGAAACGUCAUCAUCAAAAGACAAAGACUUUCAAAAGGAGCUGUAUAACAAAAUUGUAGAUUCUUUUCCUGAAGGCAUUCAGAUGGCUUUUGCUUAUGGUUCAGGGGUGAUAAAGCAGCAGAACAGUGCAGACAUUAGCAAAAAUAUGUUAGAUUUCAUCUUUGUAGUAGACAAGCCAAUGAAAUGGCAUCGCUUGAAUUUAGAGAGACACCCCAACCAUUAUUCAUUUCUUCGCAGACUAGGACCUCAGACAAUAACCAGAAUUCAGGAGAGAUAUGGAGCUGGUGUUUAUUUCAACACACUAGUUCCCAUGCAUGGUCGACUAAUUAAAUAUGGUGUAAUAAGCACAGCCCGUCUUAUAACAGAUCUUUUAGACUGGGAGUCUCUGUAUGUCAGCGGCAGACUUCACAAACCUGUCACUUUGAUUGUUGUACCAACCAAUGAACAACUGCUAACAGCCAUGAAAGUUAAUUUGAAUAGUGCUGUCCAUGCUGCCUUACUCAUGUUGCCAGAUAUGUUUACUGAGGAGCAGCUAUACUUAACCAUUGCCAGUUUGUCUUAUGCUGGGGAUUUCAGAAUGGGUAUAGCAGAAGAUAAAAACAAGAUAAACAACAUUGUUAAGCCUAGCAUUUCACUGUUUCGUAAAAUGUAUGGCCCAUUAUUGAUGGAAGAGGAGCAUGUCACCUGGUGGCAGGCAGAAGGUCAGCUAGAGCAAGCCUUGACCUUCCAUUCCCGGCAUCAUCAUUUAAAAUGUUUGCCUGGUCAAGUUUUGUAUGGUCUAUUGAUACACAAAUUUCAGAUCGGAGUGUUUCCAGAUUUAGAGGAUAUUAUCAAAAGACAUGCAUAUGACUCUGAGUGUGGUAAACAUGUAGCCAACAGCAUCAAACAAAUUGUGAAAAAGUCCAGUGUCAUGCAGACAAUGAAAGGCAUCUUGACUGCUGGCUUUACUAAAUCUCUGAGAUAUGCUGCUAACAAAGUUAUGAAGAAAAUAAAAAGUAUUUAACUGUA